GGACCUUCGAAGUUGUCGCCGGGCAGUCGAACCUUUAUCAUGUUCUUCGAUUUGAAUCUUCCCUAUGGCUCGGAUGAUCCCGAGAUCACCCCGACCUUGAGCUUUCUGGCAGAACGUGCGUCAUGAUCCCCCGGCACAAGACCCGAUCAGCGAGCUCCUCCACGACCACCUGAAGCGCUGACACUCUAUGUAGUCGGUUACACCACCGUCGCUCUGUCUCAGACCGUUAGCGGAAAGCUUCCUUCCAAUCCUACUCCCCCACCAGUUCCCAAGAAUGCGCCCAAGGGCCUCACGCUCCUCACCCGCCUGAACCUGACCCUGGCCGACCCGGCGCAGAACCAGAAGCUGGCCAGCCUGACGCAGGCUUAUGAUCUGGUCGCGCUGCGGCCCACCAAUGAGAAGGCGCUGCUAAAUGCCUGUACCAACCUGGAAUGCGACAUCAUCUCGCUGGAUCUCUCCGUGCGACUGCCCUUCCACUUCAAGUUCAAGAUGGCCUCCGCUGCGAUUUCCCGGGGGGUGCGGUUUGAGAUCUGCUACGGGCCGGGGGUCACGGGAAGCGGUCUGGAUGCUCGGCGCAACCUCAUCGGCAACGCGAUGUCUUUAAUCCGGGCCACGCGCGGCCGAGGCAUCAUCGUGUCUAGUGAGGCGCGACGGGCGCUGGCUGUUCGGGCUCCAUGGGAUGUGAUCAACCUGGCGUGCGUGUGGGGACUUUCGCAGGAGCGCGGCAAAGAGGCGAUCUGCGAGGAGGCCCGGAAGGUGGUGGCAUUAGCCAAGCUGAAGCGGACCAGCUGGCGGGGCAUUAUUGAUAUUGUGGAUGGGGGGGAUACAGUGGUCAAAGCUGAUGCGAAGACGGACGGAUCCGCCAAGUCACAAGCCAAGGAUGAUGCCAAAGCCGACGGCUUGAAGAGAAAGGCGUCCGUCGGAUCGGAGCCUACUGGCGAGGAGGAGAAGCCGCUGUCCAAGCGAGAAAUGAAGCGACGGGCCAAGAAGGCUCGGUUGGAGGCAGCAGGGGCGUGAGGUCACCAUUAACUCUAUGUUACGGAGCAAGGGCGAUUGCUCGAUCCACAUUCUUGCCAUCGUGGCUGCCUGCCAGGCUAUGCAACCCUGUCAGCUACUCCGUAGUAGGAGUGUCUGUACAGCAGGGACUCGCUGAGCUCUUUCCAGACGAGCUGACCUGAAGACAUUGUUGUCAGAUGCUGUGCUCAUGCACAGUGCGAACCUGCAAUAGGCUAAGGCAUUACUGCCAUACUGCUGAACGCUAUACCUACCUACAGCUCAUACUAAUACCAAGAUUAGUACGGAGUAUUUGACAAAUAUAUAACAUACCAUACCAUAAAC